AUGUCUGGUAGAGGAAAAGGCGGAAAAGGUCUCGGAAAGGGUGGCGCUAAGCGUCACAGAAAGAUCUUGAGAGACAACAUUCAAGGUAUUACCAAGCCAGCCAUCAGAAGAUUGGCCAGAAGAGGUGGUGUCAAGCGUAUUUCUGCUUUGAUCUACGAGGAGGUCAGAGGUGUCCUCAAGUCCUUCUUGGAGAAUGUCAUCAGAGACGCUGUCACUUACACUGAGCACGCCAAGAGAAAGACUGUUACUUCUCUCGACGUUGUCUACGCUUUGAAGAGACAGGGCAGAACCUUGUACGGUUUCGGUGGUUAA